ACCGCACGUGAGAUCGCGCAACUAACAUAACAGAUAUCUUCUCUUAGCUGUGCAUUAGUUUGUUUUUAAUAGCUUCAAAAGGAUUUCUUUUCGCUAUUUAUUAGAUGUGCAAGAUCAUCAGGGAAGGUCUUUACAAACUGAAACCAUAACCUUGUUCUAAUCUCGACUCUACACUGUUGCUGUGGAAACGGUGACUUCUGUGAAUCCACCGCGAUGAUAUUGUGGUGGCUUCUGGUAACAAUCAACUGGGGACCAGUUUAUGGUGAAAACCACCAGCCAGCUCUACGAUUUGUGAUAGAGCCUCCAUAUCGGGUUGAUUUCUACAACUCCAACGGGACUGUUAUUCCUUGUUCCGCAUCAGGAGAGCCUUUACCUAUCACCGUAAACUGGGAGUCACAUGAUGGUGCGUAUGUGACAAAUAUUACGGGACUCCGGAGCGUUAGGCCGGAUGGCAAGCUCGUUUUCCCACCGUUUUCAGCCAAGGAUUACCGCCAGGAUAUCCACGCCACCACGUACAGGUGCGUACUGUCCAACUCCGUGGGAAAGAUAUCAAGCAGAGACGUUCAUGUUUUAGCAGUGGUUCACCAGGAUUACAAUGUUCAGGUUGUAAAUGGAUAUUCAAUUCAAGGUAACAUAGCAGUAUUGAGGUGUAACAUUCCGAGUUUCGUUAAGGAUUACGUCACAGUGACAUCAUGGAAGAGAGGGGACAAUCUGAAGAUUAUAUCUGAUUUUGAGACAGGAGGACGCUACCUGGUCUUUCCAACGGGGGAGCUACACAUCCAAAAUGCUUGUGCUAAAGAUGGAUUCACUACUUACAGUUGUACUACAAGAAAUAGCAUGAGGGGAGAAGUGAAAUCCAGUAGAUCGUUUGGCAAGUUAGUGGUAUCAGAUGACAAAAGUAACAGGCCGCCAAGAAUCAACCACAGUCAAACUCGAGUGGGCAUUGAGAUUGGUCAAGAUGUGGUUCUUCCCUGCGCUGCACAAGGAUUUCCUCCUCCAAUUUACAUGUGGUACCGGUACACAAAUGACAUUUACCCUAAGACGGUCCCUGUAGUUUAUGAUGCUCGUUUGGUUAAGAUAGGAGGAUCUUUAUUAUUACGAAAAGUGACACCAGAGGACUCGGGGAAAUAUGUUUGUUUGGUGAAAAAUAAUAAUGGACAAGAUAAAACAGAAAUAAACCUGACAGUAAGAGAGAACCUUCACGUCAGUGUAGUUCCUGUGGUACACACCGUUGACGUUGGCAAGUCUGCUGUCUUCCAGUGCAACGUUUCGGGACAGCCAGUGACUUUUCUCACGUGGAAGAAGGAUCACGAGCACCUAACACACAUAAACAGGAGAGUCCAUUUUGUGUCCGAAACAGUUCUUGAAAUACGUCAUGUCCAAAGACAAGAUAAAGGUCUUUACCAGUGCUUUGUGUGUAAUGACAAGGAUUGUGCUCAAGGGACAGCUGAACUCAAACUAGGAGAUAUUACCCCAAUAUUAAAGGAAUCCUUCAGAUCUGUGACCCUGGAACCUGGAUCCAUCUUAUCUCUGAAGUGCAUAGCAUCCGGAAACCCACUUCCUGAAGUCCGAUGGACCCUGGACGACUAUCCUAUACCUGGACACAUUCGAUUUUCCGUGGGUGACUUUGUGACUUCCAAAGCAGAAGUAGUAAGUUACGUUAAUGUUACGCACGUCCGGGUAGAAGAUGGUGGCUACUAUAAAUGCCAGGCAACAAAUGACGUUGGAAGUGUCUUUAACCGAGAAAAAAUUAAUGUCAUUGGACCACCGUUCGUCCGACCGAUGAAGAACACGACAGCUGUGGAAGGAAGAACAUUUUACACAAGAUGUCCAGCUUCAGGCUAUCCUGUAGAAGAAAUUAGCUGGGAACACAAUGGCAGACGAAUACCUUACAAUCACCGCCAGAGGGCUUUCAGUAAUGGAAGCCUAAUCAUCAGAAAUGUAGACCAGCGUAGUGAUGAAGGAGAAUAUUCAUGUACAGCACGGAAUCAAAGGGGUCAGCGAGGUCACGGAAAAAUGUUUGUCGACGUCUUAAUUCCUCCUAAUAUUGAGCCGUUUACCAUCCCAACGGGGUUAGAGGACGGUUCUCGAUCUAGAAUUCUUUGUUCCGUUACCAAGGGAGAUACACCCAUCCGAAUCUCUUGGUUAAAAAAUGGAAAAGCAAUUCCUCCACAUCUCGGAAUCAUUGAAUCAGCAAUCGACGAAUUUUCUACGUUCUUGACAUUUCCACAACUUCAACUGAAACAUGGUGGCAACUAUACUUGCGUAGCCAAAAAUAUCGCAGCAUUAACCAAUUAUACUGCCCGAAUGGUAAUUUAUGCGCCACCUAGAUGGAUAAAUGAACCCAGGGAUACCUCGGCGAUCUUAAAUAGUGACGUCAUUAUUAAUUGUCAAGCUGAUGGAUUCCCCAAACCAGGAAUAACUUGGAGAAAGUCAAAAGGAUCUGUUUCCAGCGAGUACGUCUCCUUACGCACAAAUGCACACAUCAAUGUCGUAACGAACGGUUCUCUAGCCAUUCGGAAAGUCGAGAAAGAUGAUGCAGGUUUUUACAUGUGUCAGGCGAUCAAUGGCAUUGGGCCCGGAAUCAGCGCAGUGGUAAAGCUGCGUAUAAAAGUGCCUGCCUACUUUGUAAAUGAAUUUAAAGCAGAAACGAUUCGAAAAGGUCACCUUCUUCAAAUAACAUGUCAAAUAUUCGGCGACCACCCUUUGACGGUCCAGUGGAAAAAAGAUGGAGAAAAUUUAGACUUCCGGUUUGACAGAAGAUAUGAUAUUACUCAAUCGCUAACCAAUGAUGGAAUGAUGUCACAACUUCAAGUACUAUCGGCGGACAGAAGAGAUUCAUCGCUAUUCACUUGCUUAGGUUCCAACAAUUUUGGGAGCGAUGAAAUGAACAUACAAAUCAUUGUACAAGAACCUCCAGACAGGCCAUCCAACAUCAGAGUAGAGCAGGUGGAAAGUAGAAAGAUAACGUUGUCCUGGUCAGCCCCUUACUCAGGAAACAGCCCAAUCACACGCUAUAUUUUGAUAUACUGGAGUGAAGAAGAUCACGAUCACCAAAAUAGGAAGGAGAUGGUAAUUCCAGCUUCACAGACUAACGUGGUGGUGAAGGGUUUACUUCCGGCUACUGAAUACCACUUCCAUCUAUUGGCUGAGAACGCUGUGGGUCGGAGCGAUUUAAGUGAGGAGAUUACAGCAACCAGUAAUAUAGAAGUACCUGGUGGUCCUCCUCAAGACGUGAGGGUGGAGGUUCUAGGAUCACAACUAGUGAGAGUAACAUGGAAGUCACCUGAACCUCACCUUACUCAUGGUCCAAUAAAGGGGUAUUAUGUGGGCUACAAGGUACAUAGGUCAUCCGAAGCUUACACGUACAAAACGAUGAACGCGAAUUUUCACGACGAAAAACUAACCUGCUUUUUGAAAAAUCUCAAAAAGCUAACUCGGUACAAAAUCAUCGUGCAAGCGUUCAACAUCAAGGGGGCUGGUCCGCCCUCUGACGAAGUUUUAUUUGUCACUUUAGACAAUGAUCCGCCGACUGCUCCCAAGCUUAAAGUGGCCUCUGUAUCGUUUACAUCCAUCCAAGUCACAUGGACUGUGCAGAGGUCCGAUAAUAUACCAAUUUCAGGUUUUAUUUUAAAUCACAAACGUGAUACCGAGAACUGGAUUAAGACACGCCUUCCUGAUGAUUCUCGGAUGUACACCUUCUACGGACUACAAUGUGGUACACGUUUUGAAUUCUUCAUUCUUGCCUUCAACGAUAUAGGAGAAAGUUUCCCUAGUAACACCAUUCAGGUGAAAACCAGGGGUGCAGCACCGUCUUCUCCUACUCAGCAUGCAUUUAUCAGUGUGAACGUGACGUCAGCUACUUUACACUUUAUGGAGUGGGAUAGUGGAGGCUGUCCAGUGUCCUAUUUUGUGAUCCAGUAUAAAGCAGAAGUUAGCAAGGACUGGAUAGUUGUCAGUGAACGGAUCUUUCCCCAAACGCUCACGUACAUAAUAGGUGGACUGACUCCAGCCACGUGGUACCAGCUACGUGUCGUCGCUCACAAUGACGCUGGCUCAACUAGAGCUGACUACAGCUAUGUUACUCUACCGUUAUCAAGUCAGACGUCGUCUACGGCGACAUCCAACUCCCUUCCUUUUUACACUAACCUCGCUAUCAUCAUCCCUGUGAUAGUUGCCUGUGUUAUUUUGGCUGUAGUUGUCGUCAUUGUAUGUAGUGUUACUCGUAGAAGACAAGGAAGAAGAGACACUAGAGGGAUGCAGAAAGAAUUCACCACGGAAUCCGUUCCCAUGUCUGAGGUCGAGAGUAAGCCUACAACAGACUGUGUUUACAGCAGACCUAAAAGUUGUCUCAACUACCCGUCCCCCUAUGCUUCUAACUGUGUUCCGUUCGACCAUCGUCAUAACUUGAGGAGUGAAGACAGCAGAAUCGAAAGGCACUCUACAGUUGACAGCAAAAGGAUUUAUGACGUUCCUUUUGCUAUGAGAGAGCCCGCCCACUCCAGUGGACUUGAUUACAGAGAGAGGAGAAAUAGCCCUGUACAUGAAACCAGCCGAGCACACUCGCAUGACAGCAACUCUAUGUACAGUUUCCCAGCAGGAAGGCCAAUUUCCCAGCCUAUGUUACGAAAUUACACGACCCACUUAUCUCAUUCCUGGUGUAACAGCGAUAUGGAUGACAACUUGACAGUUAACUUGCCCUACGAGAAGACGUCAUAUGCCACUAGGUGGCACGGAAGUUCUAAACAAGGUGCAGACAUUGCUCAGUUCUAUUGGAAUGGAUACACUAGCGAUCCGAAGGUCGAAGCUAGGUACUUCCACGCCCCCAGAAUACCUGACCUAGCGUUUGAUGAAGACGACGAUGAGACAGAAUUUGAUAGGGACCAAGUAUUAAACUCUUGCCCUGGAUUCUUGAAUAAGUGGGGAACGCCCUUCCACGUGGCCUUCAGUAGACAAGUUCUCCUUUACCCUAUUGAAACUGACAUCUGACCGAUAGAUUGCCAGGAUUCCAUGUGCUACUGUCCUUUAUAAUUCUCUAAUCAUCGCCGUAUUACUGGCGGAAUCCGCCAUGUCACGUGAUUCUGAUGAUAGAAUCAAACAUUGUAUUUGUUAACUUGUGAUGUUGUGUGGAGUUCAGAGAUAGGUGUAUAUUCAAGAAGGAAUACGUGUAACUUUGGGUGGUUUUUCACCACAAGUGUAAAUAUUUUCAAAGAAAAGCAAGGCAAUAUAUUACAUGUAGAGAACUAUACCAAAAAACUAGAAAACCAUAGUGUUGUUAAAUGUCCCAUGUGUGUUCAAAUAUUUAGUGACUAGAAACAGAAUAUGGAAAACGAUUAAAAAUUAAAAUCUUGAUAUUUAUGCUAUGAAGCAGAGCGUUAUCCAACGUUCUGUCUUAGCACAGACGAUGCCAUAUAUGUUAUUAUAAGCUAUUUAUCUUAUUGAUACUAUAAAUGUACAGAGGUUAACGUUAGUCUUGUAUAUUCUAGGUAGUAAAUACGAUAUAACCAGAUUGAUUCUGUACUAGCACAAAAUAUGUUACAGAAAUUAUUACAAUCCAUUUAUGUUAUUGAUGCUGAAGAUGUACAGAGGUUAACAUUAUUCAUGUAUAUUCUGGGCACUAGAGAUGCUAUGUUCUUGGUGUAUAUAAUGAUGUAAAGUUGUUAUGUAUUAUAGUUCUAUUUAUGAACGGUCAUGAAAAUGCUUAAUAAGUGUUAGUAGGACCACUGAUUAUUUCAACAGAUAUUGUUGCAUCUUUACGUGGUUGGUUGCCUUGUUCGUAACUUACUAGGCGUACAGACGUUUUCCAAUAUUUCAAGAUUUGUAAAGAAUCCAUUCUUAUAGUGUGUAAUAUGUUUUAUAAUUUCAUAUUGAUUGUUUAGAUUCUCUGAUAAAAUGAUGAAGUAUAACAUUUUUAAGGACUCGUGAUUUAUUUGUAAUGUAAAUUGUUAGUUGUCAAAAAUAAAAAUUAAUUUAAAAAAUUCGGCAGUUUCCAGACAAUACGUAAUACAAAGGUAGGGAAUUUUCAAUCUUAAAUAUAUAUUGUUUAUAGAUUCAGAAUUUUAAACAGCUUAUUAAUCAAUUCUGAAAUAAAACAACGAAACUUUUGUUCAUAUGGAGAUAUAAUUUCUAAUGAAGAUGUAGGUCCGUGUGGAUGUGCUACCAGAUUGUUUUCUUAAAAAAUACUAACA